AUGUCGAUUAAUCGUCUAUCAAUUUUGUUGGAUAAUCCAAUUUUAAGGAAUUCAUUUUUUAAAAAAAAAAGAGUUGGUAUUCAUCCUAUUAAUCGCCGCAGAUUAAUAUAUGGUGAAUAUCACCAUUUAUAUACUGAUUUACGAAAAUCACCGGAUAAAUUUUUUGAUUAUUUACGAAUGUCAGUUAAUACUUACGAUUUUAUAUUGAGUAAAAUCAAUCAUCGUAUUAGAAAGAAGAUUUCAAAUUUCAAAAAACCAAUAUCUCCUGCUGAAAGGUUGUAUGUAACUAUAAGGUAA